AUGUCGCGCAACGUCUGCAUCACCUCUGUAGAAGGCAACACAGGCUUCCUCAUCGCCGAGCUCCUCCUCACUGACGAGAACUUCUCCAAAGAAAUUGGCACCGUCCACGGCCUAACCCUCAAUCCAGAUUCCCAACGAUGCAAGGACCUACAAUCCCUGGGAGCCACCAUCGUACCCCAUAGACCAGGCCGUCUGAAGAACGUUGCCGCCGAUAUCAGAGACACCAAAUCCGACACUCUCUGCCUGGUUCCGCCAGCUAGUCGGGACAAGAUUGAUAUCACGGCCGAGCUCAUCGAGGCGGCCAAGCGCGCCAAUGUGCCGAAUGUGGUCUUCCUCAGCGCUGCGGGAUGUGAUCUCGCUGAGCGGGAUAAGCAGCCCCGUCUGAGGGAGUUUAUUCAUCACGAGACUUUGUUUCUGAGUACGAAAGGGGAUCCGAGCUCAAUGACGGGGCAUUGUCCUGUUGUCAUCCGGGCUGGCUUUUACGCUGAAAACUUGCUUGCGUAUGCCCCCCAGGCUAAGGAGGAUGGAUACAUCCCUAUACCGAUCGGACGCGAGCAUAAAUUUCCCCCCGUAGCACUAGGUGACGUCGCACUACUAGCGGCUCAUGUCCUCACCGGCAAAGGAAAGCAUGGACUCGACGAUAAGCAUCGUGGUCAGCUAAUGACUUUGAUUGGCCCGGCACUUCUCAACGGCGACGAACUAGCGCGAGCGGCAAGCGAAGCUCUAGGGACAGAUAUGAAGUUUGAAGAUAUCUCUGAAUAUGAAGGCAAGAAGGUCCUCAGGAGCCAGACGGGUACCGACGAUAGUGAGAUUCAGUUCAUACUUGAAUACUAUUCGCUCGUUCGUGAGGGCAAGACGAACUAUGUUGCCACGACGGCAUUCCGCGAUGUCACUUUGGAGGAGCCCCAGCAGCCAUCAGAUUUCUUCCGGUCUUAUUCUGAGGUGUUUGAGCCGAAGAAGGGGGCCAAGAGGAGGAAGGUAGAUGGAAAUCCUUACCUUACAGAAGCUCAGUAUAACCAGAAUUCCUUGACCAUGAGUCCAUCUCAGAAAGAAGUGCCUCUCCCUCCAACGCCUCAUGUACAGACAAGGAUGCCAUGGAUACGGCUCGGAGAAAUCGACCCAGCUACCACUUUAACGCCUCCACCGGCCUCAUUUCCAGAUAACUGCACGCCGGAGGAGCGAGCAGCAUUGAGAUUCAGAGUGAGCGGGAACGCAGUGUUUACUGGUGGAGCAGGAAUGCUUGCUCUAGCCUCCGCACGAGCCCUUCUUGAGCAUGGACUUUCUGGCAUUGUUUUACUUGAUCUUUCAUCGGCUCUCCAGAAGGGAGAUACGGAAAUAAAUGCACUUCGAAGAGACUUUCCUUCUGCGAAGAUUAUGACGCAUCACUGCGACGUCACAGACGCGGCAGGCAUGCAGGACGUUGCUGAAAAGGCAAAGAACGAGCUGGGAGAGCUUACCAUUCUCUGUUGCUUUGCGGGUAUAGUCAACUGCGUAGCAGCCGAGGACAUAGCAAUCGAGCAAUGGCGCCGUGUCAUUGAUGUAAAUACGACAGGAUCAUGGAUCGCUGCACAGGCAGUGGGGAAACAUAUGAUUGCCAGUGGGCGCGGGGGCAAAAUCGUCCUGGUCGCAUCCAUCAGCGGUCAUCGGGUGAACUACCCCCAGCCUCAGAUCGCGUACAACGUCUCUAAGGCAGCGGUGCUACACAUGAAGAAUAGUUUGGCAGCGGAAUGGACGCAAUACGGAAUCCGAGUCAAUUCCAUCUCCCCGGGAUAUAUGGAUACGGUGCUCAAUGAGGGCGAGGAUCUUGCGCCAUGGCGACAGAUAUGGGCGGAUAGGAAUCCCAUGCGUAGGAUGGGAUCACCGCAGGAGUUGACGGGACCGGUGGUGUUUCUUUGCAGUGAUAUGGGGGGGAGCUAUAUCAAUGGAGCUGAUAUUGUUGUUGAUGGAGGUGGUUUGGUGUUCUAG